AUGAACUCUUCCGCCGCUCCUAGCAUCUCGGUCUCGUCCGCCCCGGCCUCGAUCGAAGCCAUGCACGUUCAACCUUCCGAACAGGCCCAGGUCCCCCAGAACGCCAACCAGGUCGAACCGGGACAUGGAAAGAUGACAUUGGGUGCCAAAGGAUUCUUGAUGAAGAAGAUGGUCGCUGGAGGGUGAGUACUUCCUUUGGCCUUCAGCAACGGGUUCAAUGGAGGCUCGGUCGGUCAAGUGAGGACUCAUCAUCGAUUUAGAGCGGUCACGCACCUUUUCAAUGCAUCCCACUGGAGAAAGCCCUGCCCCGUUUCCUGGAUGAGGUUACUUGACAAUCCUCCGCCCGAUUUGGCAUCCAUUCGCCGAAUUUAAAAUGACGCCGUCGGGUCCGGGUUCACUCAACGCUGACUCACCUCAUUUCAUCCCCACUCAGCUCGUUCUGCUCACCGACCGACACCAUGGUCUCACCGUGCACCAAGAAGCUCGCAGAAAGCAAGAAGCGUCACUACGCCAAGUGAGUGUCUGCAUCUUCUCGCUCCGGGGGCCAGAUAUCGUUCGGUCUUGCCCCUCACUGCGACCGAGGCGAGAUACCUUGCUUCGUCGACCGGACCACUGACUCUCACUCCUCACCAUCAAUGAUCCAGGGGCAAACCGCUAUCACUCUCGUCGUCGUUCCAGUCCGCACAAACCGGCUCGCAACUCGUACCAGGACCGAAAUCGUCCGGCCUGCACCAAUCCUCGACGCCCCAUUACGGUUCCGAGAACGCCCCGAUGGGAUUGUGA